AUGCUGGGCUUCCUGUCACGUGGUCCUCCAGUGAGGCUGUGCGUGGGUAUGGCGUGUGUCUUGUCCCUUUGGAACACAGUGUCUGGCAUUGAAGGGGAAACCAAGAAAGAGAAGGAAAUGACCUUCCUACCUACCACAGUGUCUGGCCUUAGAGGAGAAGAGAGGAAGGAGAAAGGUGUGGCAUUUCUCGCUACCACGGAGCUGCCUGCAGGGUCAAUCGAUCUGUCCGCACUCAACCUGACAGAGCUUGUGAAUGGGAUGCUGAGUAGAGCAUUAAAAGAUAGCAAGAAGUUCUUCUCCUUGCUGAGUGUCACUUCUUACAGCUCCUUUGCCUUCCACAAGUUUUCUGUAGCUGUCUACAACAUUUCUAACCUGAAGACGGUGGACCCCACCAAAUUCCCUACAAGGUAUUGCUACUGUUUAAACAAUCAGACCAAUGACUUAUCAGAUUUUACAGCCCUCCUGGUAGACAUCAUUGGAAAUUCUACCAGCUACCUCACAGAGAUUUUUAAGUCAACCUCCAUCCUCUCAGUGAGUCAAAGUAAUGAAUCAGAUUGCAUCUUCAUCUGCGUGAUGACAGGAAAGUCAGGAAGGAAUCUUUCUGACUUCUGGGAGAUGGCGGAAAAAUACCCUGUUAUCAAUUACACAUUUGCCAGCGGCAUGUCCGAUGUCCUGGGUGCAGCUACCAGGGGAACUAGUAGGACUUCAACCCCCACAACCAAAAGCCAGAAAACACUGCCAAGUACAAGCCCCGGAUCCUGGGCCCAGAGCACACCCUGGGCAUCUGCUCUGAGAACCUCUUCCUGGAUAGAGACAGCUGCUCCUUCAGAAGCAGAGGAGACUCUGAACACAGGCCAGCCUCCUGAGCUUCCUGCCAGGGCCACAGCCACAUGGGCCAGUGCCUCCCGUGCUCUCCCAGCCUUAGCUACCAGGAGGGUGGCCAGAACUCAGUGGGUGACAGCUGACAGACAGACAUGGGCUUCCGUAUCGUCCAUGCCCUGGACUCAGACCAGCGGUGAGAAAAAUCCUGGAGGGUAUCCCUCAGAAACUCGUUCUUCCCCACCGACUGCUGCAGGGGCCAAGGAAGCCAUGAACACUAUGAGCCUUUUGGUGCUUCCUGCUGGGAUAAUGGCCACACCUGGCAGCCCAUCCCAGUCCAGCUCUACCUGGGGAGCAUUCACCCAUGGCACACAGACUGCGAGUCCAACAAAGGCAACAGCCCCCAAAGAUCCACAGACAGGGGAUCUCCCUGCAGAGUGGCCAUUCACCCCCGGAGAAGAGCCAGUCCUGGUCCCAAGGCCCCAUCAAGUUUCAAGGUGUCCUCAGCCGCUCUUCAAGGUGGGAGCCAUGGCAGCUGCUCCUCUCACCCUGGCUAUCCAGAGGCUCAAUCCAUGCCUGAUGGAGCUGUGUCACUUCUUUCAGCAAUGCCUCUGCAUGAGCCAGAGAAGUCCCAGGACAGACGACAUGAGAUACUGUCUUGAAUACUAUUCCUGGUUUCUGAAGAAUGCAACAUACAUCUGUCAGAGGGUGAAAAGGGUGUCCCACUCACACACCUUAAAGCAAAAAUGCCUUGAGAAUAUCUGCAAGUCUGUAUGAGACCUGAAAAAUAACACUAGGGCAAAACAAUGACUUCAGGGGCUAUGCCGUCAUCCUGGCUCUUCUCCCAGCUGGGCUACACUUGAAGAAUUCACCCAGGCUCCAGAUAGAUCAUCAAUUAAUUGAAAGUGAUUAUUCUUGGAAGUAGCAUUUUCUUUCCCUCUCCCGUGAAUCUGUGUAAAACAUUGAAGGUAGAAGUUUUCCUUUUAGAGGCCUCACAAUUAAUACAGUAAUGCCGAACUCCCUGCCUGCUUCAAAGUCAUGAAAAUGUAGUAUUCAUGCUCAAGAAACUCCUGCAAUGCUUGAGGCAAUCCUGUCAAUUUAAAACUGCGGAUGCAUGGGCACCCUAGCCUGCACAAACCAGUUCAACCACGGAGACUCUGGCACAAGACCUGAGGUGACUUAAACUUGAGACUCUUGAAGACAACAAAAGCAUUUAAGAUGGAAUUCAUACUUUAGAGAGAUUCACAUAUACUGUUUCUAUACAGUUAAGUAAAACAUGUACAACCAAUCAGAUUUGCCAUACUAUGGGAUCUAUAUAAUCUUCCAAGUCCCCGUAAGUAGGCAAUAAUGAAAACUUUAUCAUUAGGAGGAGGUUUAGAGAAUUGUUUUCAUUGACAUCUUGUCUUGAUUCUGUGUGUCCCACUGGGUUCAGAAGUCCCCAUGAGCACCCUCAGGGUCAAUGAUUCACCAGUAGAAUUCAGAGGGCAGGAAAAUUAUUAUAUGCGCAUUUAGCAUUUACUACAGCAAAAGUCUGCAGAUGAAGAUAAGCAAAGGUAAAAGGCACCUCUAGAGAGAGUCUAAGAGAGCCCAGGCACAAGCUUCCAGUGGGCUUGCACAGCCAGCAUCUAAUCCUCCCAGCAGCAAUGCUUACUAACAUGUAUAGUAUUGUCAGCCAGGAAAGCUCAUCCAAUCCUCAGUGUCCAGGGGAUCUUUUGGGGUGUGGAGUAGGUAUGCAGCCUUCAUGGUCUGCAUGGCUGAACUUAGUGAUUCAGUCUCCAGUCCCUCUAGAGAUCAAGCUGAUACUGCAUGACCUGAGGCCCCACCAUUAGUCACAUUGUUAACAAAAACUACCUGUCAUGGCACAAAGGCCCCAGUACACAGAGACACUCACCAUGCAGGAUAUUCCAAGGGUUUAGCGGAGAUUCCCCAGGAGUAGGUCAAGGGCCAGACAUUUCUUUGGAAGGUAUGAGGUUUGAGCUCCCUGUGGAGCCAAGCUUCUACUGCAUCCCCACAUACUGAGGUGCCCCCUUCAUGGUACCUUUUUCGCAAUGUCCAGGUUUGUGGUUGCUCCAGUAUCUCUGUAAAUGUCGGUCUCCAUGUAGAGCAUGUGUGCUGUCUCCAGCAGCCCUGCACAGACCCCUUAUUCUUCAUCACCAGGGACAGCCUUCCCCCUGAUGUGCCUGGUGCUCCUUCUCCUCUCUCUUGCCUUAGAGCUCUGCCAGGCAGAGAGAGGUUUUUUCACCCUUUUGUGAUCUAUGGCUGCCCUUGGGUGAGGAAAGUCACUUUUGGUUCAUGAUUGAAGUGUCAAGCAGUUUCCCCCAUUGGAAGACCCCUGAGUGCCUGGCACUGCCUGUGAACUACAGGUGCCUGGGGAGGUAGAACCUGGACAUCGGAGAGACGAGCUGCCAGACAUUCCUCUUUCUAGUCUUAUGCAGAAAAAUUUCUUUUUACUUUCCACAACACUUUAAAGACUUUCCAGGUUAUGCAAAUGUCAAGCUCAUAAAUGUAUGUCGUCAUGCCUUUUGCAGAGAUGAAAAGGAUACAGCAAAUUUUCUGGGAGGCAAAGGGACUUCUACCUGGAUAGGAACCAAGCCAGCUCAUUAAGUGUGGGUUAAUUUAUUUCAGUCCUUGCACAGAUAUUAAUUAAGGGCCUUUGGCAGGGAAGGAUCCCCAAGGUUCCCCAAAGAGUAACUUAUCAUCAAGGAAGGUGAAGAAUGGAUGGAUGGCUUGGGCCUAAGACCAGGGCUUUUCACCUGUGGGGAAACCCACGUGGACCCAGUUACCCCAUACUUCAGAAAUAAUGACUGAGAUGACUAUAACCUUUAAGAAGCUCAAAUGUGGAAUAUCUCUGAGGCGUAGGCAGGGAUCUGACCAAGCGUCAAGGACAAAGGCUCAGAGGACUCCCUGGGGCCAGCUUUCUACAAUCUCACCAUCAGCCAAAACAGCAGCAAUGGCAGGAGGAAAACAGGACCCAGGAGUGGCUGAUGACUGCAUGGAGUCCAGCUGGUCUCCUGGAGUUCAUGGGGGGUUGACCCCUUCUGAGCUGAAUGUGUCCUGAUUUAGGGGAUAGCUAGGGCAAUGAGGAAGCCUCUGGGGGUGCUGCUGAUCUGGAAGUACUACUAAUUUGUGUGUAUGUGGCCACCAAUGGUUAAUAGAUUAGGUAAAAGAAAUGGGACAGUUACUGUAUCUGCACUGAUGAAGGAGAUUGCGGUUACAUGCAUAAAGUUAUUAAAGGGCAUUCUUCCAGG